UUCUUUUUCUUUCAAUCUCUUUCUCUCUCCCGUUCAUGAAACUUGUAGGCCGGAUUGUAGCGCCCAACUUAAAAGCAACAGUCAUUGUUUGGAGUCCAGUUACGCAAUAGAGCUGAGUAAUAGUAGCGAUUCCUUGUGCACGCACGAGGAAGGAAAACAUAACUUCGUUAACGCAUCCAACAUUUCCCGUGCGCAGUGACAUCGUCAACAGCAGUACGCGAACGGUUCCUUUUUCGUGUGUCAUGAAUUUUGCUCCAAAUUGAUGUUCCCGCUACUAGAACAGUGGAACUUAGGCGUCCUUUUCUCGUGAACGGCAGGUUUCAGCGCCGCAUUUGCUGCCAUGAAGUUGACAAUUACUACACUCACGGGGGAGCUUUACAUGCUGGACGUGAGUCCAGAUGUGGAACUUGAAAAUUUAAAAGCGCUUUCGGAGUACGAAUCUGGCAUACCUGCCAAAGAAAUCGUCGUGAUGCAUGAAGGCCGACCGCUGCUUGACGACAAGAAAAACUUGAAAACGUACGGCAUCAAGGAUGGCGAUGUGCUUCUCAUACAACACUUCGUGCCUCAGCAAGGUACGGGGUCAUCGAGCUCAGGUCAACCUAUGAACAUAGAUUUUAGUAGGAUUCCCAUUCCCAGUACACAACACCCAGUACCGUUAGCAACAGGCAGUACUACGCCUUCAGGAACGGAAAUGAGUAUGGGCCCACUUACAGGAAGUCACGGGGAGGACGACCCAGCCUUCUUACGAGACAUGAUUCUCAAAAACCCCGAACAACUUGCUCUUCUCAAGCACAACAACCCUCAGCUUGGAGAUGCACUUCUCUCUGGUAACCUAGAUACCUUCACGAAGGUGCUGUACCAGCAACAGAAAGAAAAGGCCGACCGCGAUCGCCUACGUAUUUGCAUGAUGAAUGCAGAUCCUUUUGAUCCUGAAACACAAAGGCUAAUUGCUGAAGAAAUUAGGCAACAGAACAUCGACUCAAAUAUGGAAGCAGCUAUGGAAUAUCACCCGGAGAGCUUUGGUCAGGUGAUAAUGCUGUACAUAAACUGCAGAGUGAAUGGGCAUCCCGUGAAAGCCUUUAUUGACUCGGGGGCUCAGACGACGAUAAUGAGUCAGGCGUGUGCGGAGCGAUGCGCCAUCAUCCGCCUGGUGGAUCCGCGUUGGGCAGGCAUUGCCAAAGGAGUUGGGACACAGAAGAUUAUUGGCCGGAUACAUUUGGUGCAAAUCGAAAUUGGAGGUGUGUUCCUUACGUCGUCGUUUUCUGUGCUGGAGGAACAGCCGAUGGACAUGUUGUUGGGCCUUGACAUGCUCAAACGGCACCAGUGCCUGAUCGACCUGAAGCGAAACGUUCUGGUGAUCGGCACAACAGGAACUGAAACACCAUUUCUCGGUGAAGGGGAGCUCCCGGACUGCGCCCGGCAGCCGCCGCUGACAACGCCGAGUACGACCACCCUGCAGGAACAAGAAGACAGAGCCCUAGCUCAAGCCCUCGUUAAGUCCCGGGAAGAAGCAGGACCAUCGAGCGGCAGCCUCCAGCCAGUCGACAACUUCAGCAUGGCCGACGUACAGUACCUUGAAUCGCUGGGCUUUCCAAGACACGAUUGCAUUGUAGAGCUGCGAAAGUUCAACGGAGAUCGGAAUCGGGCGAUGGCCGCCCUAUUUGCAAAGUCUCUGAAAGUGCCUGGAUAGGUUCACACACACACACAGUGCAUAGGUGGGAAGGAGGCCUUGUAUACAACUUGUUUUUCAUUUUUCAAUCUCCUCGGACUGUUUCCAAAAAUAAUACUGCAGGAUCUACGUACGAAAGAUUUCAUAAAUGAAUGGCAUUAGGUUGCAUUCUUAGAAUGGAGGUGCAACCGAAUAUUUUUGCGUGUGAAUGUACUACACAACUGUAACUCAUCUUUUAUUAGCAAGAAUUACGAUAUAAAGAAUGGCACAGGUGAUAGCUGUACCACUUUGUAGAGAGUAGCAAGUCAUUGUAGUGCACUCAGUGUGACUGUGUGGCGAAAUGAGUUCCACUGCAAAUAAAAUGCUGAGAGCACGUUGUA